AUGGCCAUGGCAUCCACCACCCCGCGGGAUCCGAAUACGCUAAGCAACUACAACAAUUGGCGCUCGACCCACAUCACUGCCAACUUUGAUAUCCUCUUCGACCAGAAGAAGCUGGUCGGCAAUGUUGUCCACCAGUUCAAGGCGACCACUGAUGCCCAGUCCCGAGAGAUCAUUCUGGACACCAGCUAUCUCGACAUCGGCACCAUCAAGGUGGAUGGCAAGCCCACCCAGUGGGAGCUGUUGCCGUCGCUGGCCCCCUUCGGCACGCCGCUCAAGAUCAUCCUCGAGAAGGAUGUCCAGUUGAACGGGACCGUUGAGGUCGAUAUCGCCGUGCAAACCACCGACAAAUGCACCGCCCUGCAGUGGUUGACCCCGGCUCAAACCUCCAACAAGAAGCAUCCGUACAUGUUCUCACAAUGCCAGGCCAUCCAUGCCCGGUCCAUCUUCCCAUGCCAGGACACGCCAGAUGUCAAGACCACCUUUGAUUUCAAUAUCACCUCGCCUCUCCCCGUCAUGACCAGUGGCCUGCCCAUCCGGCAGUCGGCCAUGGCCUCUCAAUCGGGAAGUCAGCUGUAUCGCUUCCACCAGUCGGUCCCGAUCCCCAGCUAUCUCUUCGCCAUUGCCAGCGGUGAUGUUGCGGAGGCCCCCAUUGGCCCUCGCAGUGUCGUGGCCACCAGCCCCGACAAGUUGGAUGAAUGCAAGUGGGAGCUGGAGGCCGACACGGAGACUUUUAUCAACACCAUCGAGAAAAUUGUAUAUCCCUACGUCUGGGGAGAGUAUAACGUGCUGAUUUUGCCUCCGAGCUUCCCCUAUGGUGGCAUGGAGAACCCCAUCUUCACUUUCGCCACUCCCAGUAUCAUUUCUAAGGAUCGUGAGAACAUCGAUGUUAUUGCCCACGAGCUGGCUCACAGCUGGAGUGGUAACCUGGUGACCAAUGCCUCCUGGGAGCACUUCUGGCUCAACGAAGGCUGGACUGUCUAUCUGGAGCGACGUAUUCUGGCUGCCAUCCAUGGCGAGGCCUAUCGCCACUUUUCCGCCAUUAUCGGCUGGAAAGCUUUGAAGGAUUCCGUGGAGCACUUUGGCCACGACCAUGAGUUCACAAAGUUGAUCACGGACCUGAAGGGCAAAGAUCCCGAUGAUGCUUUCUCGAGCAUUCCUUAUGAGAAGGGUUUCAACUUCCUGUUCUAUCUGGAGAACCUCGUCGGCAAACCCAAGUUCGACAAGUUCAUUCCUCACUAUUUUACCACUUUCAAAUGCAAGUCGCUAGAUUCAUACGAGUUCAAGGCUACCAUUUUGGAUUUCUUCAAGGAUGAUGCCGAGGCCUCCAAGCUUCUGAACGAGCUGGAUUGGGACACAUGGUUCUACGCCCCUGGCCUUCCUCCUAAGCCGGAGUUCGACACGUCCUUGGUGGAUGUUGUAUAUGCGCUGGCCCAGAAGUGGGAGACGCUCCCCGGCUCGUCCUUCAAGCCCCAGGCUAGCGACCUCGAGGGUCUGACCGCCAACCAAAUUGUCGUUUUCCUCGAACAAAUCUUGCUCUGGGAAAAGCCGCUGAGCGCCGAACUUUCCAAGCUAAUGGGCAAGGUGUACGGACUCGUCAAGAGCGAGAACAUCGAGGUGGCCAACCUGUACCUUCGCUUGGGUAUGCAGGCCGGCGAUGAAUCGGUUAUUGAGCCCACCACAGAGCUGCUUGGCCGCAUCGGAAGAAUGAAGUUUGUGCGACCCUUGUACCGCAAUCUCCAAAAGAUCAACCGCCCGGUUGCUCUUGAAACCUUCGAGAAGUACAAGGACUUCUACCACCCCAUCUGCCGAGCUAUGGUUGAGAAGGAUCUGUUUGGCAAAAAAUAA